CUACAAAAGUACAAAAGCAAGCACUCCCAGUCUCUUUAAAACAAAAAAAAACAAAAAAAAAAAAGUUACAUGCUGCAUUCAAUUUCGCCAGGAUGAGUGUGUUUCGACGAAGAAAAGCAUAUAAUAUACGGAGUAAUCCACAUUCUCCCAACUUUCUUUUCUGGUAGGCGGUCCGAAACAAUCAAGACAAUUACUCCUAUAACUUAAUUGUUCAAUAUCGCUGCAAUCAUCCCAACGAGAUCGAUCACAAUCAAGUCCAUAAUCGCCGGAUUUUCUCAAAAAUUUGAUCUUCUUGAGAAAUAAUGAACGGGAUGAUGGAUCCGGAGCUGUUCAGAAUCGCUCAAGAGCAAAUGAGUCGUAUGUCACCCGCUGAGUUGGCUCGGAUUCAGCAGCAGAUGAUGUCAAAUCCCGAAUUGAUUAGAAUGGCUUCUGAAAGCAUGAAAAACUUGAGGCCAGAGGACCUGAAGAAUGCUGCUGAACAGUUGAAACACACCCGGCCAGAGGAGAUGGCCAAUAUUGGUGAGAAGAUGGCCAAUGCAUCGCCUGAAGAAAUAGCUUCUAUGCGCUCCCAUCUAGAUGCACAGAUUACUUAUGAAUUCAAUGCUUCUCAGAUGCUCAAGAACAAGGGGAAUGAACUUCAUAAGCAGGGAAAGUUUGAUGAGGCCUCACAGAAAUAUUUGCUUGCAAAGAAAAACUUGAAAGGCAUUCCUGCAUCAAAAGGCAGGAAUCUCUUAAUGGCAUGUUCUCUCAAUUUGAUGUCGUGUUACUUAAAGACCGGACAUUAUGAUGAGUGCAUAAGGGAAGGUACCGAGGUUUUGGAAUAUGAUACAAAUAAUGUUAAAGCCCUUUACCGGAGGGGCCAAGCUUAUAAAGAACUCGGACAUCUUGAAGAUGCAGUGUCUGACUUAACCAAGGCACAUGAAGUUUCUCCUGAUGAUGAAACUAUUGAAGAUGUCCUAAGAGAUGUUAAGGAAAGAUUGGUGAAACAAGGCAGCAGUGGGCGUGCUUUAAAAAAGUUGGUCAUUGAAGAGAUAAGUGAAGAGGAGCCAACUGUAACUUCUAAAAAACUCGAAAGUUCAAUGUCUGAAUGUGUUUUAUCCCAAUCACAUGGAACAGAAGGAGAAGCUCAAAGUUCUGACCAUUUGCAAGCAUUAAAAGAUGACCCUGAAUCAGUCAGAUCCUUCCAAAACUUUGUUUCUCAUGCGGAUCCAGAGACCUUGGCUGCCUUGAGUGGUGCAAAGGCUGAAGGCAUACCACCAGAUAUGGUGAAGACUGCCUCCAAAGUUAUUGAAAAGAUGUCUCCAGAAGAACUCCAAAGAAUGGUUCAAAUGGCUUCCUCAUUCCAAGGACAUGCCUCAUUUACAAAAAGCAGUGACUCAAACUCAAACAGUGAUAGAUUUGUUCCUGGUUCCGUACCACCAAAUAUGACGCCUGACAUGAUGAAAAUGGCGACUGAUAUUAUAAGCAAGAUGUCUCCCGAAGAUCUCCAAUCGAUGUUUCAAAUGGCAUCAUCUAUGAAAGAAAAGAAUCUUGCAACAACCUCUGCAGCAGUAUCAUGUUCGAGUGAACAGUCAAGAACUCAAGAUGUUCUAGACAAAUUCAAAGCUACUAGUAGCACACCUGAGGGUCAUUCAAUUUUAAGAAACGACCCGAAUUCUACUUUAUCAAGUUCAACUACUGAUCUGCAAGAACAAAUGAGAAACCAAAUGAACGAUCCAGCUAUGCGGCAGAUGUUCUCUUCCAUGAUAAAAAAUAUGAGCCCAGAGGUGAUGGCUAAUAUGAGUAAACAAUUUGGACUUGAGCUUUCCCAGCAGGAUGCAGAAAAAGCACAGCAGGCUAUUUCAUCUUUGUCACCAGAAGGCUUGGACAGACUGAUGAAAUGGGCAUACAUAAUUCAAAGAGGGGUAGAAGGUGCAAGGAGGACUAAGAACUGGAUUUUGGGAAAGCCUGGCAUGAUCUUGGCAAUACUUAUGCUGCUCUUGGCCAUCCUUCUCCACUGGCUCGGUUUCGUUGGCCGUUAGUUCUUUUUUAACCAUUGCAGUAUUUACGACCGGCGGCAAAAGGUGACACCGUGUUUACUAUGAUGAGUAUAGAAUGUGAAAAAAUAACAACCAUUUUCACUGAACGUGUUUUUUUUUUGAAAUGGAAAGUAUUAUUAUUUGACAUUUGUUUUUGUGUAAUUAUAUUUUUAUAGCAUUUUGAUGGGUAGUACAAUGGAGAAUAUAUUUGCUUUGUGUGG